CAGCAAUUGGAGGGUAUGUUUAAACGAAAUGACAUUAAAGUGCACGCAAAUAUGAGCAAAGAAUUACAAAAAUCAAGAAUUAUUCUUUCGGGUCCUGGUAAUGAAAAUGUAGAAAUUACACAAGAAAAACUUCGAAAAGUCCACCAACAUUUUAAAAAAAAAGAAAAAGUUGGAAAUGAAAAUGAAAGAUCAAUGUCAAGGAAGGAAAUGGCAAAUGCUAUUUUAAGUUCUUUUUUAUCACGUUAA